GGAUGACGUCAUUCUGCUUCCGCUAGCUUUUAGCCUCCCGGCGUUGUCGUGUCGGAGUUCCCACGGUUCUUCUGGGUUUCACCGUCAGAAUGGAGGUAAACACGGCGUCAUCCAACUUUUACAGGCUUAGGUGCUCCAUUCCGGGCCACGAAAUGGAUGUCCGGGGGCUCGCGGCUGCUGUUUUCCCGGAAGGAGCGUUCGUUUCUGUGUCCAGGGACCGGACCGGAAGGAUCUGGGUCCCAAACUCAAGCUCCGACAACGGUUUCACGGAGAUGCAAUGUAUGUCGGGCCACUCGAAUUUUGUAUCAUGCGUAUGCAUCAUUGCACCGAGCGAAAUGUACCCCCGAGGACUCAUUGCCACUGGGGGGAACGACAAUAACAUUUGCAUAUUCACACUGGACCAACCACAGCCCUUGUACACUCUUAAAGGUCACAAAAACACAGUUUGUACUCUGUCCUCGGGGAAGUUCGGAACACUUUUGAGUGGCUCCUGGGACACCACGGCCAAAGUGUGGCUCAGUGAAAAGUGCAUGAUGACGCUGCAGGACCAUUCUGCGGCGGUGUGGGCAGUGGCCAUGUUGCCUGAGCAAGGACUCAUGCUGUCCGGAUCGGCAGACAAAAGCAUCAAGCUGUGGAAAGCAGGACGAUGUGAGAAGACAUUUACAGGUCACGAGGAUUGCGUACGGGGACUCGUGGUGAUCAGCAGCACUGAGUUCUUCUCUUGCAGCAAUGACACCAGCAUCAGGAGGUGGCUGGUGACAGGCGAAUGCACACAAGUGUACCACGGGCACACUAACUACAUCUACAGUAUUGCAGUCUUCCCAAAUAGUCAAGAUUUUGUGAGCACAGGAGAGGACCGAACUGUGCGAAUAUGGAGGGGUGGAGAAUGUACGCAGACUAUCCGCCUGCCUGCUCAGUCUGUGUGGUGCUGCUGCAUCCUACCAAAUGGCGAUAUUGCUGUAGGAGCCAGCGACGGCAUCAUCCGAGUGUUUACGGAGGCCGAGGACCGCGUGGCAAGCGCUCAGGACCUACAGGCCUUUGAGAACGAGCUCUCGAAUGCUACCAUCGACCCCAAGACGGGAGACCUCGGAGACAUCAAAGUCGAGGACCUUCCUGGACCGGAACACCUCAAUGAGCCUGGGAAUCGCGAUGGACAGACGCGACUGAUUAAAGAUGGGCAGAAAGUGGAGGCUUACCAGUGGAGUGUCACCGACAGUCGCUGGGUGAAAAUUGGAGAUGUGGUCGGUGGCUCAAACCAGCAGACCUCCAAAAGUGUCGUGUAUGAAGGAAAGGAGUACGAUUACGUCUUCACGAUUGACGUGAACGAGGGCGGGCCAUCCAUGAAGCUGCCUUACAACGUGUCGGAGGACCCCUGGCUGACGGCGCACAACUUUUUGCAGAAGAACGACCUCAGCCCCAUGUUUCUGGACCAGGUUGCUAAUUUCAUCAUUGAAAACACCAAAGGACACGUGCUGGGACCCGCACAACCCGCUGCCGGUGGUGACCCGUUCACUGGGGGAGCGCGGUACAUCCCAGGGUCCGCGGACGGAAGAUCAAAUUUUGGAGGCGAUCCCUUCACAGGCUCUGGUCGCUACAUCCCCGGCUCCGGCCGUGACGCAGUUGCUCCUGAAGGCGUGGCCGAUCCCUUCACAGGUGCAGGCGCUUAUUCCUCAGCAGCACUCAGAUCGAAAACCACCAACAUUUACUUCCCAAAGACUGAUGCCGUUACCUUUGAGCAAGCCAAUAUUUCACAAAUUGUUGGCAAGCUGAGAGAGCUGAACGCAGGAGCCCCGCAGGAAGACAAGCUCUCUGAAGACUUCCUGGAAAGUCUGGAGAGGCUGCUGGCGUCCGUCUGCGGGCCUAAUGAGUGCCCGCCAACUAUUCAACAGAUCAACCUCCUCUGGAAGGCCUCGCACUGGCCUGAAGAUAUUGUAUUUCCAGUCCUGGACAUUCUAAGGCUGGCUGUGCGCCACCCGCAGGUCAACGAGAGCCUGUGCGGUGAGGCGGAGGGCGUCCAGCUGUGCAACCACCUUCUGAGCCUGAUGAGGCCCGAGGGCCGCGCAGCCAAUCAGAUGCUGGCGCUGCGGAUCCUGUGCAACUGCUUCAGCAGCAGCCACGGCCAAGCGCUCCUCAUGGCCCAGCGUGAAGCCGUCCUGUCGCGCGCGGCCGACUUGGCCUCCGUCUGCAAUAAGAACAUCCACAUUGCUCUGGCCACUCUGGUGCUGAACUACGCCGGCUGCCUGCACAACCAACCCGACCUGGAGGCCAAAGCCCAAUGCCUGUCCGUGGCCAGCCGAGCUCUGGAGACCGUUCAGGACAAGGAAGCCGUGUUUCGGCUGAUGGUCGCGCUGGGAACCACCGUGGCCUCCGACCAAACGGCCCAGGACUUGGCCCGCUCCCUGGGGGUCAACGCACAAAUUUCCCGGUACUCAUCCGUAUCCAAUCCCUCCAAGCUCGGCGAGUGUUGUCAACUGGUUUUAAAAGAACUGCAAUGACAAUCUUAUGGAAAAUUCCUUCCUGACGACGACGAUGAGCUUUUUUUAGCUGAUCGCUGUUUGGUCGAAACAUUGACCUGUAUGUUUGACAAUAAAUAAAAGGACACCUUCCAGCUUU